GAUCCUCAUUGGCCCCAUCUUGAAACAAAAAAAUUUUCUUCUGUUAGUUGUCUGCUUCUUUGUCUCCUUGUCUGACGGCUUGACCUGAGCUUGUGUGGGAGAGAUAGAGAGAGAUGGAGGGGAGAUUAAUCGUGGCGGCGGCGAUCUUUAUGGUCGCCGCUGUUUGUUUGGCUGCCGGGUCGCCUGAUCGGCUCGAUCGCCAUCAGAAAUGGUGGAAAUGGCCAUCUCCUGGCUCUGAUGGAGCGUCCUCGUCCUCGUCCUCGUCCUCGUCCUCGUCUUCGUCCUCAUCCCCGGUGGUUAGUCGGGGUGGGCCGUCUUCGAUUGUUCUGCCACUGUAUGGCAACGUUUAUCCAAACGGAUUUUACUUUGCCCAAGUGGAUAUAGGGAAUCCUCCAAGGCCCUAUUUUGUUGAUCCUGAUACUGGCAGUGAUCUUACAUGGCUUCAAUGUGACGCUCCUUGUGUCCAUUGCACAAAGGCACCUCACCCUUUGUACAAGCCCAACAAUGACCUUGUGAUUUGCAAGGAUCCCCUUUGUGCCUCUUUGCAUGUGGGCGACUACACGUGUGAGUCUCCAACGCAAUGUGACUAUGAUGUUGAGUAUGCAGAUGGAGGUUCAUCUCUGGGUGUUUUGGUUAAUGAUGUUUUUUCUCUCAACCUCACCAAUGGUGUCAAGAUUAAGCCUCAUCUGGCUCUAGGGUGUGGAUAUGAUCAGAUACCAGGUCCCUCUCACCAUCCUUUAGAUGGAAUACUUGGGCUUGGGAGAGGAAAAAGCAGCAUUGUAACACAGCUAUGGGGUCAGGGUCUGGUGCGAAAUGUAAUCGGUCACUGCUUGAGUGGGCGAGGAGGAGGGUAUCUCUUCUUAGGCGACGAGGUUUAUGAUGCCUCGCGUGUCACCUGGACACCCAUGUCACGAGACUACACGAAGCACUACUCUCCAGGGCCUGCAGAGCUAACUUUUGGUGGGAAAAGUACUGGGGUUAAGAAUAUGAUUGUAGUGUUUGAUAGUGGAAGCUCUUACAGCUAUAUGAAUUCCCAACCAUAUGAAGCUUUUCUGUAUUCAGUGGUGAAAGAACUGAGAGGAAAGCCAUUGAGAGAAGCUGGGGAUGACCCUACCCUACCUUUCUGCUGGAAGGGCAGGAGGCCUUUCAGAAGCAUCAGUGAUGUGAAGAAAUACUUCAAGUCCUUUGCUCUCAGCUUCGCCAAUGGAUGGAGAUCCAGAACUCUCUUCGAGAUUUCCCCAGAAUCAUAUCUCAUCAUCUCUUCUAAGGGCAGUGUCUGUCUGGGAGUUCUGAACGGAACAGAAGCAGGACUGCAUAACUACAACGUUAUUGGAGAUGUGUCGAUGCAGGAUAGAAUGGUGAUUUACGACAAUGAGAAGAACGCUAUAGGUUGGACUCGCGCCAACUGCGAUCGCCCUCCGGCACCCAACGUUGUUUUCAUUUGAACAAAUUUAGGCUUCCAUUAUUCAUUCUCUCAUCUGUAGGCUAUAAUUAUAUAUAGCAUUUAUUAUAUCCUACAAACUGCCCUAGCUGCAUUAUAUUCAAAUGUAGUAUGUACACUA